AUGGUUCUCGUCGUGGAAGUGGAAGAUCGUACGAUAAAGAAACCUUAUUUGGGCGGAUGGCGGCACAAGAUUACCGGCGUUCAAUAUUUAAAUGCAAAUUCUCAAACCGGGCCUCGACAGAAACGAAUACCAUGGAACUCUCAGUGCACAAGACCUAUUCAAACGGUGGAAACAAAGACCCGAUUUACCGAAACGCCUGUCCAUCGAGCAACUCAAAUGUGGCGUGAAGAUUGUUACGUUCCAAAUGUCUCGGAUAAAUACGUUGGAUCAAAACCAUACGAAACUUACGAUGAAAUGCAAUCGAAAUUAGACAUCGAAGGCAAAGCUACGAUGAUACAAAAAUAUUACAGAGCAUACCGAAUUGCCAGAUUUAUAAAAGAGUCUGCUGCCACUUAUCGACAAUUCGUGGCAGACUGCAAACGGCACGAGGAAGAAAGGCUUUUGGCAUACAAGAGGAGGCAUCAGCACGACAUUAUAAGAAAGACAUAUCCGUCGUCGAGAUUCGACUUCGACAUGUUGUACAACUUGAUGGAUCAGUGGAAACAUUCCCAGAUGACGCGGGUUGCAGGCAUAUUUUUCAAGGGAGCCCAAAGAGCGGCAAAUGUGAUGCUGUUAAACAAAUCGGUGGACAUGUUAAGGGAGAUUGAUCAAUUAAAGCAAAACGUUAAAACCGAGUUUCUGGAAGAGAAGAAAAUUAAGUUUCUAACAUUUCACUGUGCGCCAAUCGAGUGGAACGGAUACAAAGGCAAACCCACGCAGAUGAUCACUGUCAAAGUGCAACGUGCUCGCGAAUUCAAACGGCUGUAUGACAAUUUGAGCUGUGAAAAUUCGACUGUCGAAUCACGCACGGAGCUACUAGUGAUGCUGAAAAAUUCACUAAAGUAUCAUCACUGCCAAGCGGUUAACGAAUUGGUCUAUUUGAUCGAUCAGGAAAUCACGCUUAUGAGUCGUGGAGUCAGAAGCAAAUGGUUAAAUCAAUUGAGGCGAAGAAUUGAGAGUGCAGUAUCAUCGGUGAUAAGUGAGAACGACGAUCUUUUCAAAUUACGACUUGGUAGAUUUGAUAUAAAUAUCGAAUGGUCACCAUGGAACUGCAUUUUACUAACUGAGGAGGAAGCCGAGGCUCAUUACUACAUCAAAGAUUUCCGGACAGUUUACGCUCAGAGCUUGCUUGAGAAAAUAUUUUUAGCUCAAGAGCAAGCCAAAAGUCAUUUCAGGGAGUUGGUCGUCUUCGAGAAACACUACCGAGAAUCUUCGCGAUUUUACAUGGUGCAAAAGCGAAAGGAUUACGAAGCUCCAAAAGCAAUUCAUAGUUACGCUUAG